GUGAAAAAGAUUUAGACUUUGAAACAAACAAAUGCAGUGUCUCUGAUCUCAUUCCUUUGUUUCUCACCCCUUUUCCUUGCCGACCCAUUUUCACUUACUCAACUCAACGUCACGUGCCUCCACAUGCUUCUCUAUUCUUUCUCAGAUCAAGUAAUUUUGGGUUUUCCUGUACCAUGGAUGGCAUUCGUGGGGGAGAUUCUCGGAUGCAGAUAAGCGACGGACAGCAUCCUGUACAUGUGCCUUAUGAACAUCAUGGAUUGCACCAUAUGAGCAAUGGGAAUGGGAUGGACGAUGAUCACAACAAUGGCCGUGAUUCUAACUGCGGCGGAAGUGAGAGUGUGGAAGGUGACAUCCCCUCCAACCAUGGAAAUCUCCAUGACAAUCACAAUUUAAUGAUGGAUCAAGGGAAUGAUAUUGGGGAUCAGCUUACUUUGUCUUUUCAGGGACAGGUUUAUGUCUUUGAUUCUGUGUCACCAGAAAAGGUUCAGUCUGUACUGCUGUUACUGGGAGGCCGUGAAAUGCAUCCAACCUUACCUUCCGUUCCAAUUUCUCCUGACGAAAAUAACCGGGGAUUUAUCGGUACUCCACAAAAAUUCAGCGUCCCUCAGAGAUUAGCUUCAUUGAAUAGAUUUCGUGAAAAGCGGAAGGAACGAAAUUUUGACAAAAAAAUUCGUUAUACCGUUCGCAAAGAAGUAGCAUUAAGGAUGCAAAGAAAUAAAGGCCAGUUUACAUCUUCCAAGUCCAAUCAUGAUGAGUCAGCAUCAGCUGCAAUGAAUGGCGGAACAAACGAAGGCUUGAUUGCAGACAAUAACGGAUCCCAACAGCAUGAUAUUGUUUGUAGACAUUGUGGCAUCAGUGAGAAGUGCACGCCAAUGAUGCGACGUGGACCUGAAGGGCCAAGAACCCUAUGCAAUGCUUGUGGACUUAUGUGGGCAAAUAAGGGAGCUCUUAGGGACCUAUCAAGGGCAGCAACCUUGCCGGUGGCACAUAAUUCUCCAUUAAACAAGAAUGAGAAUAAAAAUUCAGAGACCAAUCAGAUAGUGCUUAGAGAUGCUGCUGAAUCAUCAUCAUGAGAGACUUUCAUAUUUUGGUUGCUAAGGAGUGCAAUUCCAUGAAACAAGGGACAUAGGAGACAGUGCUUUCCCCUUGAUGAGAAAUUAUAAGAAGCCUAGUUAUGCGCUUUUUUUGUGGCAAAUAUGUUUAAAUGAGCAUUCUGUAUUUGAUUUAUAUAUAGUUCUUCCUGAGAUUUUGAUUGAGUAGCCAAACUAAGCACUCAGGUAUAGUUUUAAAUGCAUUGUGCAGCGGCUGCCGUUGAUCUGGAUCUCACCGUACGACACCAUUUUCGUUUACUUGGUAUAGUUUUUAUAUGCAUUGAGCAACGGUUGCAGGUUGCAGAUAAGCCAGAUCCAUAUUAUAUUGAGUGCAGUACAGUUAUAUUUUGAGAA